AGAUGAGAAGCCUAAAGCCAGUGUCAAACUGAGACCGAAGGGUUCACAGUCGCCAAACUCCUUCCUGGAUGAGGGCAGACGGCGCUUCACCAUCGCAGACUAUGACAACAAAAUCAGAGUCUGCCCCCCUCCUGAACCCAACCUCCACCCAGCCCAACCAGCCCCAGUAGCCCGCCUGAGACAACGGACAUCCACACGGGGUAAACCACGGCCCCUGUCCAUGCCUGUAGACUCGUGUUUGGGCAUGUCUGAUUCGUCUUCCAGACCCUGGCCCCAAGGGAGAAAAGGAGAGGACAUCCUGCACAGAUACCUGAGUAACGAGCGCAUCACCACCAUCUCUGAGGAGGCCUCGUUCUUCCCCCUACCCUACAGACCCCUGGAGGGGCGAUCUGGCCAGCUGGUCCGUGGCGUCGACCACAUCCGGGGCUCCCAGUGCUUCAUCAAUGCUGACCUGCACAACAGCGCCACCAUCCCUUACCAGGAGGCAUUGUGGAAAAAGGCCCCAGCUACGACUCUGACCCCUAGUGCUGCUGCUACUCCCAAACCCCCUCCGUCUGAACCCUCUUCCAUCCUGGGGGGCUGGCUAGCCCGCCUCAGGCUGUUGAGUCAUUGACGAGUGCCUCGACCUUGUGGACAGUGGAACGUUUGUCGCCCCCACUGCCUUUACCUUUCUAUAAUCGAACAGUGGUAUGGUUUCUCCACUCAGUAUUCUGACUAACACGUACCAUUCCUGGAACGUUCUGUUGGAACUUGGAACACUAAAACAGCCUUUGGAAGCUUUGCUUCAUUUCAACGCCACAUAGCCUAGGGGUAGACCAUUUGGUUGGAUCUCACUACAUUUCAACUCCACAUAGCCUAGGGGUAGACCAUUUGGUUUGGAUCUCACUACAUUUCAACGCCACAUAGCCUAGGGUAGACCAUUUGGUUGGAUCUCCACUCAUUUCACGCCACAUAGCCUAGGGGUAGACCAUUUGGUUGGAUCUCACUACAUUUCACUCACCAUAGCCUAGGGGUAGACCAUUUGGUUGGAUCUCACUACAUUUCAACGCCACAUAGCCUAGGGGUAGACCAUUUGGUUGGAUCUCCUCGCUACAUUUCAACUCCUUGGCGUGACAGACUUGGUUUAGAUUCAAAUAUGCUGACAGAUUCAGAAUGUUUCGUGGAGGAGUUGGAGAAAAUUACAAGAAAGUUUCUGUUUCUGCUCAUUGUCCUAAUCAAGAGAAGGACUGUCAUUCAGGUUUGGGAACGUUAGCCUUGCUUCUGUAGGUGAACUGUCAUACGUGUAAAUUGUUAGAUUAUUUAGUUUGUGUCUGUACAGAUUUCUUGUACAUGUGUUUAAAAUCAUUUUAAGAAGUUGAUUUGAUUUUUGUACGAUUUAUUUUGUAUUUCAUUCCAUGAGUUGAUAUAUAGAUAUAAUUAAAGCCUAUCAUUUUAUUUGA